GCUGAGGACGGAGGGGAGGAUGGUGGCAGAGAGUACAUCGAAAAGGAUAGGACAGAAGCGACGGGCUGGGUCGCACGUCUAGAAGCUAGCUCAGCUCCGUCGUCCGUUAAACGCGCGCGAGUUUUCGCCAGACGACGGUGAGUUGUCUUGCACGUUCGCUCGCGCGCGCAUUAGCGCUCUGGCUACCUUUCAAGAAGAAUAUCGUGGGGUAGAACACAAGGGGUUGAACGCGUCCUCUCUCUCUUCACCCUUUUCCUUUCCGACAUGUGACCCGACGACGGUGUUCGACGACGUUCCGUCGAACGACGUCCGACAUCGUCCUGUUGACUUUUACGGACGUACGCGUUUCUUGAAACAAACGUCGUCGUCAUUGUCAUUGUCAUCGUUAUUGUCAUUGUCGUUGUCGUCGUCGUCGUUGUCAUCGUCGUCGUCGUCGUCGUCGUCGUCGUCGUCGUCGUCGUUGCCGUCAUUGUUAUUGUUAUUGUCAUCAUCAUCGUCUUCGCCAACGUCGUUGUCAUCGCCGUCGUCGUUGUCAUCGUCCUGGUCAUCUUCGUUGUCUUUGCCGUCGUUUUAUAUUGCGACCGACCACGUGGUAGUGAACGAGACUCCCAUCGAGGAAGUUUACUUUACGCUCGGCCGAAUGUCGUCGUCUUACAAGGAACCAAAGGAAUCAAGGAGAAGGUAGAAGAAAAAGGAUUUAAUUCUCACUAGUAGGAGACUGACGGCAUGGGUCUGCCGCGUUUGUCACUGAAGAGAUGCUUUCUUUACGUAUUUUGUUUGACGGGGAUGUUGCUGGUACUUAUGAACGUACGUCAAAAGGAGAUCUGGCAUGCGAUGCGAUCGGAUCCGGUUCAAGUGCAAUCUCUUCGUGGUCUUGGAGACACGACCAAGUCGCAGAUGAAACAGUAUUGGCCUUUGAAAUCGAAGAAGCCGACGAUACGGAUAAUGCAUACGAUUCGAGAGACGAUCAAGAGAAAAGACGUAACCGAGGUGAAUUCGACUGGAACGACAAUCUUGUCGGAAAAUUCGAUAGAUUCUUUGGCUCCAUCGAGAAGGCCUUGGUAUAUGAAAGGUGGAACGAGAAGACCAUAUCCAGCUACCAAAUCUCGUCGUACUGGUCGAAGAUUGGCACGUUUAUGGCCCGAAGAGGAUACUUACGAUGACCGUGUGACUAACCAAUUGAUGUUCGUGCCACCUGAUUACAAUCGAACGGACGAACAUAGAUUAAAAAAAAUAAUGGUACCCCAUGGUAUGGGGGAGGCCAAAGUCGGUUCGGAUAUUUUCGUUCAACAUCGUUGCCCUGUGAAUACAUGUACCAUCGUUCGUGACAAUCCAGACGAGGCAGAUUUAAUAUUAUUCAAGGAUUACGUAACGCAUGUAGGACGAAGACCUCGUAAUCAGGUAUGGAUGCUGUAUUUUUUAGAAUGUCCUUAUCACACGCAAAGCGUAAAAAAUGCUCUUAUCAAUUGGACGGCUACUUAUCGUCGUGAUAGCGACAUAGUUGCGCCCUACGAAAGAUGGCAAUAUUAUGAUUCUAGCGUCAAACAAAUCCCACAGACAUUUAAUUAUGCCGCUAAUAAAACGAAAAAGGUCGCCUGGUUCGUUUCAAACUGUCAUCCACGAAAUCAACGCAUGCAUUAUGCCAAGGAACUGUCCAAAUAUAUUCAAGUAGAUAUUUAUGGUGCCUGUGGAACAUUACGUUGUCCUCGCUCACAAUCGCAAACUUGUUUCGACAUGUUAGACGAGGACUACAAGUUUUAUCUCGCUUUUGAAAAUUCCAACUGCAAGGACUAUAUAACGGAAAAGUUCUUCGUGAAUGGGCUUGGGCACAACGUAUUGCCGAUCGUGAUGGGUGCACAUCCGAGCGAUUAUGCAAGAAGUGCACCUUACCGAUCUUACAUUCACGUCGAUGAAUUCGAAUCGCCGAAAGAAUUGGCAACUUAUCUUUAUCGUUUGGAUAACGACGACGAACUUUACAACUCGUAUUUUCGAUGGAAAGGCACAGGAGAAUUUAUAAACACGUACUUUUGGUGUCGCGUAUGUGCAAUGUUGCACGACGAUCGUCCAGCGAAAUUUUACAAGGAUGUGAACGAUUGGUGGAGGGGCGAAGGCGUAUGCACAACCAGUUCCUGGCGAGAACACGAAAGCUCGAAGAAAGUACGACUUAGAAACACCUGAGAACGUUUCUUAAGAUCUUGAAAAAAAAAAAAAAAACAAGAAAAGAAAAGAAAAGAAAGAUAAAAAAAAGAAGAAGAUAGAAACUCCCUAUCGGAAAUUUUACUAUGAAAAUUAGGAGAUGUUAUACUAUCCUAGUUGAAAGGCGAAUGAAAUAUCCAAAUGGAUCGAUCGAUCGCAUCAUUUCGAGAAAUUUUAUUGAACAAAUAAAUUUUCUCUAAAAUAAAAUCGGACGAUAUUUCAUGUAUUAUGGAUUAAAAACUUGACGAUCUUUUAUAAAUUCGUCCAAGAUCCCAAUAAAAUGUUAUCUUAUAUUCGCGUUACGAUCUGAUAACAUAUCGUAUACCUACGCCAUGAAUAUUAAACGAUCAUAAGCCGUUUUUUGUCGUCGUCCAUGUUAUUUUUAUUAUAUAAUUCGAUCUCUCUUAUUCUUAUUUAAACUUUUUCUUCGUAAUGUUCGAAAAAUGAAUUUCAAAAAAGGAACAGGAAUAAAUCGUAUCGUUACGAUAAUAUCAUCCGAAAAUUGUAAUUGUUAAAAUUGACUCGUUGAUCUACCCUUUAAAGUCGAUAUUCUAAUCAAAGCUAAUCUCAAUCGAAUCGAUUUCGAGAUUAUCGGAGAUUAGAUCGUAACAUGAAAAAAUUAAUUACAAAUAAUUAACUUUUCAAUUUAACAAAUAAUUAAUCGUUCCCUUUUCUGACGUUGUUUUAUUUCUUGACUUUAUUGAAUCAUUUUCACGAUCCUAAUUAGAUCGAAUUAUUACGAUGUUAAAAUGAUUCGUUUAAGAUUCUUUUUUUUACACGAUAUAUGUAACUGUCUUGUGAUCUUGGUAUUAAGAUUUACUUCGAUGAAAAUUGUAAUAAUACGUCCGUUUCAAGAAAUCUAAAGUUCAAGGUAUAUAAGAUAUACCAGAUUGAUAAGGUAUAUCUAGAGUGAAAACAAAUUAAGAUAAUUUAUUAUAUAUCUGCAUAUAUACGUAUAUAUAUAUGCAUACGAUAUGAUUUCAAUUGCGUUAGCUAGAUCAUAAUAAUUUAGUCCAACGAAUGUGAGAAAAAAAAUGGAAAGAAAAAAGGAAAAAAAAAAAAUGAAAGAAAAAGAGGAAAAGCAAAAAAAAAAUGAUAAGAGACCUAACUUCUAUACCGUCGGGUUUACUUUGAUAAGCGAUAAGGAGUGUCGUAUGCUUUUCUUCUAGGUUCCUACGAUGUUAAUCAUAUAUACUGUGCGCACAAGCAGCUUAGGUAUUAGAACAAAUGACGCCGAAUAUGUGACUAAAAUAGAUGUACCAAAGUGAUCUACCAAAUAUUGAUGAAA